CUGCUGCGGGAGGCGGUGGCGAUAGGAAGCUGGAGGCAGACCGGUGACUGGUAGGCGGCGGUGCUGUCUUUGGGGGACGGAAAGUGCUAAAUGAGGAGGGCUUUUCUUCUUCUCCGGCUGCGGACCCUAUAGAGGGGAAGCUGACGAGGGUGGUCUGGGAAGGCGGUAGCCAGACUGUUGGUGGUUCCGGAACCUCGUAAACCAGGAAAGUGCAGAGCUUCAAAAAGUCUAUAGUAGGAGCUAAACCCUCCAGUAAAAUGUUGAAUAGAAAUGAUGAUAAUGAUCAUCUAUGACUUGUUUUCCACUUGAAAAGGUGUGUUGAAGAUUCCUUGUAGCCCAGUAUGUGGUCAGUUUGGGUUUGGGAAAUAUUUAACUCUCAACAAAUGAAUUCCACACUUGAACUCUGCUGCAUUCCUGUGCCACCUCCUCCUUUAGAAAACUGAUUUUAACACAGCAUUAAAGAAGAAUAGAAGGUAAAAGAAGAUGCUGGGAUCUGAACGUGGUGUUGUGGAAGAAUGGUUGUCAGAAUUCAAGGCAUUACCUGACACUCAAAUCACCAACUAUGCAGCAACUUUACACCGGAAAAAAGCACUUGUACCAGCCCUCUAUAAAGUUAUUCAAGAUUCAAAUAAUGAGCUCCUGGAACCUGUUUGCCACCAGCUAUUUGAACUAUAUCGUAGCUCUGAAGUUCGACUGAAGAGGUUCACGCUACAGUUCUUACCAGAAUUGAUGUGGGUUUAUUUACGGCUUACAGUUAGCCGAGACAGACAGAGUAAUGGUUGCAUUGAAGCACUUCUGUUAGGAAUUUAUAAUUUGGAAAUUGCUGAUAAAGAUGGAAAUAAUAAAGUUCUAUCUUUCACUAUCCCUUCCUUAUCCAAGCCUUCAAUAUACCAUGAACCCUCAACAAUUGGAUCUAUGGCUUUGACAGAAGGGGCUUUGUGUCAACAUGAUCUCAUCAGAGUUGUUUAUAGUGAUCUUCAUCCUCAGAGAGAAACAUUCACUGCACAAAACAGGUUUGAAGUCCUGAGUUUUCUCAUGCUAUGUUAUAAUUCUGCUAUUGUGUAUAUGCCUGCCUCAUCUUACCAAUCUCUUUGUCGUAUGGGCUCCAGGGUUUGUGUGAGUGGAUUUCCACGACAACAUGAAAAACACUGGAAAGAACUCUGUGGUCGAAUAGUAUUGGAUCCUGAAUUUAUGGUGCAACUUCUCACAGGGGUUUAUUAUGCCAUGUAUAAUGGACAGUGGGACCUUGGCCAGGAAGUUCUCGAUGACAUCAUUUAUAGAGCUCAACUAGAACUUUUUUCUCAACCACUAUUGGUUGCCAAUGCCAUGAAAAACUCAUUACCAUUUGAUGCUCCUGAUUCUUCACAAGAGGGCCAGAAAGUACUUAAAGUGGAAGUCACCCCAACAGUGCCGAGGAUUUCUCGGACUGCAAUUACAACAGCUUCAAUCCGUCGGCAUAGAUGGAGAAGAGAAGAUGGCUUUGACUUCUCAAACGAGGCUGACUCGAGUAUUCCUGGCUCCCCGAUCCAACACGGCUCCACUGACCUAGGGAUCAAACGUGUGCAAGAGGGGGAGGUGCUGGUGCGCAGGACCCCUGAGCAUGGCUCGCCGGAGCCCAACUCGGCAGCAGCCACAACAGAGGGUGCUGAGGGUGUAAAUGGAGGAGAGGAGUCUGUAAACCUGAAUGAUGCAGAUGAAGGAUUUUCAUCAGGGGCUUCCCUCAGCAGCCAACCAAUUGGGACCAAAACAUCCUCUUCUCAGAGGGGAAGCUUACGGAAAGUAGCAACUGGGCGUUCAGCCAAAGAUAAAGAAACAGCUUCUGCCAUCAAAUCCAGUGAGAUCCCUCGAGAUUCAGUAGUUCGCAAGCAGUAUAUUCAACAACCAACUGAUCUUGGUGUAGAUUCCAUUGAACUGACACCAAUGAAGAAACACCUGAGCCUGCCUGCUGGCCAGGUGGUGCCAAAAACCAAUAGUUUAAGUCUAAUCAGGACAGCCAGUGCUUCCUCAAGUAAAUCAUUUGACUAUGUAAAUGGCAGUCAAGCAAGUACCAGCAUUGGGGUUGGCAUUGAGGGAGUUACUAAUCUAGCAGCUAAUAAUGCUAAUCGAUAUUCAACUAUCAGUCUACAGGAAGACCGGCUAGGUCAAACUGGUGAAGGUAAAGAGCUCCUCAGCCCAGGAGCCCCCUUAACCAAGCAGUCUCGAUCCCCAAGUUUCAAUAUGCAGCUAAUAUCCCAGGUGUAGUUUUGACAUCCUCUCUUCGAUUACCUUUUAAAUGGAACAUUUCAUUGUAUAAGAAGACACUCAUCCCACAUUGUGAAAAUAUUGGUCAUUGUAAUCAGAUUUGAUUUAGUUUAGGUAUCUUCAUACUGUAUUUUGUAUGAAAACAGCAAUAAGGUUUUCUUUUCCCUCCUUCCUAUAUCUUCUCUUCACCUGUACCUUGUAAAUGUGUUUGUGAAGCAGUAUAACACGUUUGCCUUUUCCAUGCCUUCCUUUUUCCUUGGGUGAUGUGCAAUCCAUCAUAGGCUGAUUGGUCCCAUUUCAACACUGUGAGAUUGAGGAUACACUAGAGGAAGUGGUGUAUAUGAUCCUUAUGAUUCUUUGGCUUUUGUUCAAAAACAAGACAAAACGGGUUUGUUCACAUAAUCUAUAGAACUAUGAAGAUUACCGGAUCAUAUUUUUUUCUCUCUUAACCAGGAGUGCCUCAGAGGUUCUGCUAUGACUUGGGACUUCUCUGAGUCUGUGCAAUCAUUUUCUUGAGAAGCAUGGGGAAAGGUGGUGGACUGCUGCACUUUUUCAUUAAAAUGAGGGUAGCUCUUUUUUUCCCCCAUUUUUUUUUAUCCCAAGGACUUAGUUGUUCAGUUACUGAGGCAUUUAAAUCAAUUUGUAGCCACCUCCUUUGGGAGGGUGCGGCUCUAAGUUGAUUGUGUAAUUGAUAAUGCACUUUCUCAAUGGCUCUCUAGUCAUUAUUAACAUGUCUUCCCUCUUCCCACAAGGACUUAAGAUCAUUUCUGUCCUUAAAUUUUGAACAGCUAACAAAUCAGAGAAUUCAAGGAGCAUGUUCUAUUUCCCAGGAAUGAUUGACACUUUGGUGCUGGGGUUUUGUUGGGGGAGGGGUGGUUUUUGUUUAGCUUGUUGGAAUUGUGUCUGAGGGGGGUUUUGAUUGGUGUUUUCUUUUCUUUGUGAGCUGAUGAUGACUGAAGUAGAACUGUACGUCUUCAGGUAAAGAGAGGGAUUUCUGUGAUGUUAGACUCUUGGAGAAACCCUUUCAGCUGCUUUCUAGAUGUACCUAAAUUCAGUCAGACAUUUUGGAUUAAUAAACCUAAAGUCCUGAUAGAUCAUAUACUCCAAGGAAAUACAUCAGGGACAGAUAGUUGGCUGAAAACACUGACGCUUCAAUGUGACACAUUUUUAUAGAACAUUUCUACCAGGGGGUACUGACUUGAUUUCUCCUAUAAGGACUACACUGCCUUUGUGUUUAGUAUAAUGCAGUUUGUGUAUCUUCUAAUCUGCAAAGUUUCUCAUUUUUAUAAAACUUUGAAAUCAUGCCAGUAAGCUAGAUGUUGAAUGUAUAUAAGUAGCAUUUGGUAACUGCUAUAAGGCUACAGAAGUACAUUAUUGAUUUUAAAACAUUUUUUUAAAUUCUGAUUUGAUUGAUAAGAUUUAUUAUAACCUCUUCUGGGUCUCGAGAUCUAAUGUUUGAAAAAGAAGGGAAUAUACUUGGUUUUUGAAAAUCAGUAUUGUGACUUGAACUGCUAUAAAUUAUCCUUCCACAAAAUACAGUUAAUAGUGCUUUGUACAUUUACUUUAUUAUUGUGAAAGAAAAAUGAGUUUAUAGAAAGCAAGUAUUCUCCUUAUUAAUGGUUUUAAAUUUUAUCUCUACCAAUUGAAAUUACAAAUAAUUUUGUGAUAACUAAGAAAAUGCCUUUUUUUCCCCACACCUAAAAUCCCCCUGUUGUUUUCAGUUGUAAGAGCAUAAAAAAAAAAACAGGGACUUUAUGUUAGCAUGUUCAUAAGGAUUUUAAUUUGGUGGUCUGUAACAUUUUUCAACUCAUAUGAAAAUGAAAAACUAGAAUCUGAACUAGUAUCCAGAAUAUUGCCAAAGUCCAGGUAAAAGUUGAUGGUUUAUUUAUAUGUGUAUGUUAUGUAAAUAUAUCACAAAGAUAUAUUUUAAAUAUUUAAGAGAUGCCAGGUAAGUGAAAAGAAAAUUUUAAACAGCCAAAAUAAAUGAGGCAUACAACUUUAUAGCAUACUAAAGAAAGCAAAGUUUCAGGUAUGUAAGGAAAGGAAUAUUGUACUCACCAGGGAAUGAGAUCUUGGCUAUGGCCAGAGUUUCCUCAUUUUAUGGCAAAAAUACCUGGUUUAUAUAGGCUGUUUUUAAUUCAACAAGUUGUGCACAUAUUGGCAUCUAAAUCAAGCAUUUGAAUUAAAAGCACAAAAGAAAUACCAAAUAAAUGAAAUUACAGUAAAAGCUAUAAUAAAAAUUCUCUUUAAGAAUUCCAUUAAGAUCAUAUUACUAGAAAGCAAACUAAAUGUGUAGCGAAAAGUUUAAUUUAACUUAGGAGAGACUUUUAAAUAUGAAAAUAUUUUAAGAAAUCAUUUGUUAUAUCUGCAAAAUUAAUUUGAAAUUUUUUCAUCUUGCUACGAUCUGCAGUAGCCUGUAAUCACAGAACUAGGGAGAUUAAGGCAAGAGAAUGGCAAGUUGAAGGCCAGAAUUAGAAGCUUAGACCUUAGACCCUGUCUCAGAAAAUUAAAAGGACUUAGUGGUAGAGUGCCGCUGGGUUCAAUCCCCAUUAUCGCAAGAAAAAAAUUUCAUCUUAGAGGAUUUUGUUUAUCUGCACGUGUAUACGUGUGUGUGUGUGUGUGUGUGUGUGUGUGUGUGUGUGUGUGUUGCUGGGGAUUGAAUCCAGGGCCUUGUGCAUGUAAGGCAAGCACUCUAUCAUCUGAGCUAUAUCCCCAGCCCCAACAUAUAGAUUUUGAAUGUACACAUACCCAUUAAUGUUUCAGGACCCUGUAACAAUUGUUUUCUUGUAGGUGAUAUUUGGCCCCAAUGAAGAAACAUUUCAUUUAGUUUAGACUUUCCAUUCAGGGUCUUAAUAGAUUUCCUGUGUAAGAUAUAGUUACAAUGAAAAAAAUUUAACUUGUAACUAUCAAAUUUUCAGGCUUUUAAAUUCCUUUUGCAUUAUUUAUUAGUAUUUAAUAUACUUUUAUUUCAGGUAUACAAAUACACGCCAGCAAUAUUCAUACUUUGUCCUUUAACAGUCUUUUAUUUUAUAUUUUUUAUACCUCCUUAAAAAAGUUUACCCAUCUAUGAAAAAGACACUUAGAGAGAAAAUACUUGUUUUCUAUAAUAAAACUAUUUGGUGCCAUCUGUGCUGGGUUGAAUUAAGAAAUACUAGAAGAGUCUGGGAAUUCUUUCGUAUGACAUUAAUUUUAAGAUCAUAUUACUAGAAAGCAAACUAAAUGUAUACGAAAAGUUAAAUUUAACUUAGGAGAGACUUUUAAAUAUGAAAAUAUUUUAAGAAGCUAAGGAGGAAAUAGUUGUAAUUUAAUAUUCUGAUCCCCUACCACCCUUAUUUACCAAAUCCACUCUUCUGUGCCUAUUUAUUAUAGUAUCAGAAUUUUUGUGCUAGAAGAGACCCUAGAGAUAAUUAGUCUCCCCACAUACAUUCAUCCUCAGGAAACGAGACUCAAAGAGGUUGUGACACUACAAGGUUGUAUAACUAAGAAGCAGAGCCAGAAUCAACCCUCAUCUCCCAUCAAAUGCUUAUUAACACCCCACUGCCACUCUUUAUCCAUACUAUGGUAAAUAUGGUACGUAAAUACUUUCCAUCUCUGCAGCUUCUUUACAUUUCUGGUCUAGUAGUUGGUAAAUACAACACAUUAAGAAAAGUAUUAAAUCCAGAAAAAAAUGUAGAGUGAUAAAUGUAGAUGCGGAAGUAUUAAAAAAUAGGUAUCUUUUACAAAUAUAAGGAUAGGUACAUUAUUCUUUAAUUUACGCCUUACUCAUUUUCUGCCACAUAAUGAUGAUAUGCUGCCAUGUUGUUUAUAUAUUUGUGGGGAUUUAUUUAAAUGCAAAGUAAGCUCAGUGAAAUGGUUUUGUUCAGUGUUGUAGCUAUUUUAAAAUAAUUUUUGAAUCAGCCAGGUUUCAGCAAAUAAGGUGGCCAGUUCAUUGUAUUUCAUAAUGGAGUAUUGUAAAAGCUUAAAUAAAUCUGAUUUCAUUGAUUUCUAAGGUAAAGAGAGAUUGGACCUUAAUGUGCUUAUAGAAGAUGAAAGCAAUAUUUCCUUAUAUGACUGAAAAAAAUGUUAUGGUGUGAAGCUUAUGAUUCCAGGAUGGAAUAGUAAACAUCUCAUUUUAAGUGUAUAUAUCACAUAAAAUGUCUUAAAUGCAGUAGUCAGAUACAUAAGCUCAAUAUUUCCAACCUGUAGUCUCGAAUUCCACUUAGUAGCUUUAAAUUAAUUAUUUUCUAGACACUGGAAUACUGAGAAUAAUUUCAGAUUGUUUUGUUUGCACUAUUUUUGUGAAUAUUUUAAUGAAGUGGGGUGUUUUUUCCUACCUCGCUCUGUGAGGUUUGUAUGGGUCCACUUUUGUGUACUUUAGUUAUUGACAAUCAUUUGUGUCAUUUAGUUUUCUGCAUGUUCAUUUGUAAAUAAAAAUAUUAGUAUCUGUCUUUAUGGGUAGCAUAUUGUAAAAACACUGGCAAGGAGGAUCUAUCCAUUUCUGAUCAUGGAUUAUAUUACAAAGUAAGUUUGGUUUUCUGGGAAAAAAAAUCAGUAUUUCAGUUACUUGUCUGUUUUUCAGUUUAAAAAGUUCAAUAGGUCAUGCCAGUGAUCAGAAAAUCUAUAUGAAUUUUAGGGUACUUUUCUUAAACAGUCUGAACAUGAGACUUUUUAGCUUUCAAGUUGAAUGAUUACUGUCAUUGUUUCACCACCAAGUUGGUUGAGACACUUAUUUGUACUACUUUAAUUUUUUAAAAGUGCUUUUUAGAAAUAAGUUGUUUGAAAACCAACUAAAUACUGUUAGUUUAGACUCUUUAAAAUUAGAAUAUUUGUCAGAUUAUAAGGAGAUAGAAUGCAGUAUAAAACUCAUAGUGCUAAUAAAAUCAUAAUGAAUCUCCAGAUUGGUACAAUUUUCCAUGCUAAGGUGGUCAGAACUGACAACAUAAUACAAAUUUUAGUAUUACUUGCAUUGUGUGUAUCUAAUGGGUAUAUCAAACUGGCACUGAACAUUUAUAGGAAAAUACUGUUCAUUACAGGAGAUACUUUCUAACCUCCCUGCCCAUAUAAGCACAUUUUUUCCUAACCCUGACCAUACAACAAAAUUUUGGUCAUUUUUUCAGUAUUUUUGUAAUCUUAGGCAUCAGUCCCAUGAGAAACAUACACAAGGGCAAACAAUUCAGAAUAGAAAUUAGCAGAAAGCUAGGAAUGAUAUGAAAUAACUGGCAGCAUAGUACAGAAAUAUGUAGGUUGUUUUGCUUCUAGAUUUUGAGAAAAUGUGUUCAUGAUGUUUACAAAUUAAGGCAUACUUAUAUGUCUGCUAUUAUGCUAUUAUAUUUAAUAUAGAUUUUACCAAAAAGUAGAAUUAGGUACAGGUUAAGUAUAAAUGAGUCCUUUUUAAAAACUGUAUUUGCAGGUAGGUUUAAUAAAGAGAUCCUUUUAUUUUCAAAGAGAAAUUAAUUUAAUUGGACAAUCCAUCCAUCCCCAGCUACUGAACUGAUAUCAAUCUGGUUUGUUGUAUUUGAGUGUGAAGAGCUCAGUGUUAAUUAUCAGAGAAAAUUUUUUACACCUUCAUUAUGGAUUUACCAAAGAAAAUGUUAUUGACCAAAUGUAAUUUUUAAAACACCUCUUAAGGAAUAAAGCCCAUCUGACCUAUACAUAGGAUUGCAUACCCUGGGGAAAAUAUUAUAAGAUUAUUUGACCUGGAAAACAAGUAUACAAUAGUUAUAAGAUUCCAAUUGAGGUUUUCUUAUACCAGUAAGAUUUCAAUAUUCUGGCAAAGUACUAUUUUAAGGCAAACUCCAAAUAUUAUUCUUUAUGGCACAUUUUCACAUUUCCUUAAAUAAAACGAAGGAUUCGGCUUAUCAGUAUUGAACAAAAGGGGACAUUAUUAAAAUUGGUACAUUGUGUGAUAGUAUAGUUUUUAAAAUGUGGAGGAAAUUGUGGAAAUGCACUUCUUUCUUUGUUCAGUGGUAGUUAUUUCUAAUAAGUAGGAUAUUGGUUAAACUGGUAUGGCUUGUUUACAAAAUUUACAUACAUGAUCAGUUUUUUUCUUUGUAUAAAAACACUGGUUUAAGAAAAGCUAAAAUACUAAUUUUUUAAAUGUAUAGAUAAAAAAACUAAAGGUUUAAGUUGUUAAAUGAUUUUUGAAAUCAUGAAAUAUAAUUGUAAAUUAUAGGUUCUAUAUGUAUUAUCUUUUCAUAUAUCAAAGUAAGGAAUGUAUUGAUCAGCUAUCUUGGAAAGAAAAAAUUGGCUUUCUUAUAAUGAUUGGUGUUUUUUUAAGUUUUAUCUGAAAUCACUCAAUAAUCUCAUAAUCUGAAUUGACAGAUUAUGUUUCAUGUGGUGUUUGAAAAUAUUUGUAAUUAGUUCAUCUACUACUUUACAUUGAAUCUUUAUUAUUACACUAAUAAUUACACUGGCUUUAUAUUCAUUUUAACUGGCUAAAUGAAACAGUUUUUAUGGUGCAGAUUAUUUUCCCACUGUUUUUCUCAAGAUAAUUUGGCUUUUCUGACCUGCAGUUUCUGAAAGAUUUUUACUAGUAUGGCUUUAUAUAAUCUGAUCUCUGUAGCAAUGGACAAGUAAAAAGAAAUAUCCACAAAAUGUUUGUUUCAUAAAAGGAUAUGGGAUGUUAUAGAUCAGCUCCUGUUUUGUUGUUUUACCCAGCCUCAACCGAUAGCUUGGAAUAAAUUUCCCAAGUAUUCAGAGAAUGAGUGCUGGUGAAAGUUUAAAUAGAUUAGGCAUGUAAAAAUUAAUUUCUGUUAAGUGAUGCCCUUUCAAUCCAGGACUAGUAAAACAAAUCAUUUUUCUUUCAGAACUAAAGGAAAAAAACUGCACAUUUAAGAUCAUAUUUACUGGUGCAUGUAAGCCAUUAUCCUGUCUUACUGAACUGAUUAAUGCUGUUGAUUGUUGAAAUGUGAAAUGUAGUCACUGUUGACCUUGUAAAUAUCUGCCAGAGAUGAAAAAUAUUUUAAGUUAUUGUAAAUAAAGAUGUAUAAAAUUCACUAUCAGUCUGCAAUGCAGAAACAUAAUCUAAGAUGUUAAAUAUUGUGUUUCUUGAGAGAUGUGUAAUUUGCCCCUAGGUGUAUCUACUUACAUUAAGAAUGUAAAUUUUCUUUUGUACAGGAUAAAAAUAUAGCUUUAUUUGGCUUUUAA